AUGUUUGCCUUGGCUCUGGAAUUGUUUUGCAUUCAACUUGGAUAUUUUGACUGUCAAUCUAAAAUCACAUCGCUUCCAGGUUUUUAUGCUCUAGGAAGAUUAUUUUCAUUAUUAUUAGUUAUUUAUCCCUAUUCAUAUGAUAUAAACAGGGAGUUUGAAACAUAUAAUUACGAAGUAGUUGAAAAUCGAUUUUAUUCUGUAUUGCAGUUGCUAAUAGAUCCAAUCAGUUAGAUAUUGUCUAAUCCUUCAUUUUAAAAUUACGUACAGUUUGUGUUUAAUUUGGCAAUGUUCCUCGGAAUCAGUAUAGUUCUAAUUGCUAACCACAUCACUAAAGAUACCAUUGAAAAGAACAUUAGGAAAUCAAAUUUUAAAAACAUCAUAAUGAAGUUAAUUACUUUUUUCUUCAUUUGUAUUUCAGUAGCAUUUUCAUUACCUUUAUUGAUAAUUGCUCUACAAAAUUUAAAAAGAUCAAGCCAAACAUAGGACUAUGCUUGGCUGGUCAAUGAUAUCGUGUAUGUGACGAUGAUCCAUUUGGUAUCCCUAUUUUAUUUCGUCCUCCUCGAAGGCACUUUGAUUGUGAAGUAAGGAAUAAGCAAAAAGUUAUAAGUAAACUUCCAAGACUACGUAACAUUCCUAUUACAAAUGAUCCAACCCUAUAUUUUUGUAUUGAGUUCUCCAACCGUGGCAAUCUAUGGCCAAUCAAUCAUCUAUUUACUCGUAACUUUCUUGGAACUCAUUUCCAUCUACAUCUAUUAAUAAUACUCGAACAAGUUACAAAAAUUAUUUUUGCUAAUAAUCCAUUCCUGUGGGAUUAUAAUUGCCAUUAGUGCAAUCACGCAGAUUUAAUAACCCAUGGUAUACAUGAUAUUGUUAUCACCGUUAUUACUUUAUAUAGGAAUGUUUGUACAUAACUAUUUGGAAUUUUAGAUAUUAACAUCAAACUUUUAGAAAUUGAAUUUGUUUGAAGUCAAUAAUUUGAUAUGUUCAUCACUAUCUGCUUAACAAUAGACUUUUAAGUAAAUUUGUAUUCUCAAUUCUAUCUACAAAUCUAGACAUUCUUAAUAGUGUCAAAAUGUCAAGUGCUAAUGCCAGUUAAAUGAUCAUUGCUCAAGUAACACUAAUAAAAUGAUCAUCAUCCCAGAUAUCAUUGAAGAAGAACUUUACUGCGGGUUGUUAGGGAGAAUGAAAAGACUGCUUCAAAAUCAAGAACCUCAGGAUUGCUUCUAUUUUCUCAUCCAUUUCUUAUAUGCUCAACAGUAUCACGGAGAAGUGUAUGAGAUAUACAGCAAAGUUGAGAAUAAGCUAAUUUUGAACAAUCUAUCAUAUUUGUAGAGAAUUAAAUGGAAAUUCUUCAUUAUGAUGAUUAAAUAAAAUUUGUACACCAGUUUGAAUGCAAAACUAAAUGGAAAUCAUUUGGAUAAAACAAAAUUAUCUAUAAAAAUCAAUUAGUUUGUUCAAUCUGAAAGUUUUAAUUAAAGUAUCAAGGAUGGAUUAAUUAACAUAAUACAAUAAAAACUGCAAUUGCAAUAACUCCUAGUCAAAUAGCAGAGUAAGAUAGAUUUUACAUCUUCUUAUUAUAACUUGAUGGAGAAUGUUGAAAAAUAAGAGAAGAUACUGAAAUCAAUCUAUGAUUCAUUUCCAAGUUAAAGAAAUCAAUCCUAAUUAAUGUUCUUUUAUGCCGAGAUCAAAUAUGACUGGAAAAAGGCAUUUGAUUAAUUGUAGAUCAAUGCUAUUGAUAAUUCCAUAUUGAACAUAGUGGCUGAUGUAGAUUUUAAUAGAUUAGCCAACAAAAUGGCCUAUUUAAUUUAUUCUUACGAUGAUCGAAAACUUAAGAUUAUCUCAUAUUCUAAAAAGGCACCAGCCAUUUUUGGAUUUUAAUUAAAAUAAUUUGAACUAAUCUUAACUCCCGACAUCUUAAUUCCAUCAGUUGUAAGAGAUAUUCAUGAUCAAUACAUAAUAGAUUUUUUAUAAAAUGGGAAAGGCAAUUACUUCAGAUAGGUAGGCUAAAAUUUUUGUUAACUUAAAUCAGGGUUUAUGCAAAACAUAGAAUUCUUUUUUGAUCUCUACUUCGAUAGCAAUCAAUCUUUUCGCUUUAUCACUUUCCUGAGUUGUCACGAACAAGCAGAUCCUAUGAUCUUGGUUGAUUCGCAGAAUAAAAUCUAGGGAAUUAAUAAGGAAUUAUUCAAAAAAUUGAAUUUCCAUCCUAAAAUAGUGGAAUAAUUAACUAUUGAAAAAUCACUUUAUAAUUUAUCUGCUGAUUUAUUUAUUCAGCAAGAUGUAUUAAAUGGCAGCCAAGAUCAAUAUUCAUUCUAGUUCUAUUUUCCAAAAGAAUCCUUUUUUUCAAAGGAGUUCUCCACUAAUUCAUAGAAAACCACCAAUUUAAAAAAUUAUUAGAAAUUAUAAACCUAUGAAGUGAAUUGCGAAAUACUAAGGAGAAAAACCUAUAAAAUAAUAAAGCUAAAGAAGAUAUAGGAAAAUUGCAAAAACAAUUUAACAUCAUCAAUGGAAUUGACCUUUACUCUAAAUUAACAUCUACCUAUAAAUGAAGAGGAAUUAAUUGUAGUUCCAUAUGAGUAUUCUCUCUUAAAAGAACUAUCUUCAUACCAAAUGAUCCAAACACAAAGAAAGACUGAUGUCAGAAUCUUAAGUGAAUAAGAGGAGAAUCAUCAUUAUCAAGAAGAGAUCGAUCAAAUAAAAGUAUAUCAUUAUAGUGAAUCAAAUGCAAUCGAUGUUGACAAUAAGACUAUUAAGAUAUUGGGGAAUGUUUAUGAAAACGAUGCAAAGAAUUAGGAGAAUAUCGUUUUGGAAGGAUCUCAAGCAUCUUCAAUGGCAGGAUUGAGAAAGUCUGUCUAUUAUAGAAAGUACACUCUUGUAAAUUAACUGAAUGAGUUAACUCCAGUCAUACCACUGUUAAACAAGAUAUUUGGAUAUUUAAUUUUUGCUCUGAUCAAUUAAGUGAUAUUUCUAUCAAUAAAUGUGACUUUCUCAAGAAAUGACUUUCAUUCUCUCAAUUAUUAUUACUAAUCAAUUUAAAUCAACCAUUAUUUUAUCGAACCUAUGCAGAAGUUCUUCUUGGCUCGUUACAUGUUAUAAGAUUACUAAAUAUUAAACUUAUAUUAAAGUAUAUCCAAAGACAAACUUAACUAUUAUUUGCAGUUUAUUAAUCCUUUAUUGAUUGGUUCAUAUGAUGAAUUCAAAUUAAACUUUUAGGAUCAUUUCCAGGAUGAAACAUUCUCAACAUUCAUUGAAGACUAAUACGUUCUCAUCUAAUAGCAAACUUAUCAUUAUGCUCCUCUGUAAUUACAAGAAUACAACGUAACAUUAUUCAAUGCAUUUAGCAUAUUACUUGAUGCCUUUUACAAACAAGAGUAAAUUUACAUUAAGCCUUAAACAACAAAAGGCACAAAUCCUCACAACACCUACUAAUAUAAGAACUACAUCUUAUUUGUUACUAUAUUUGACAAUAUAUCUGAUUUAAUGUAUCAAGAGUCAAUCUCAAAAACGAAAUUAGUUGUAGAUAAAUGGAUAAUAAUGGUAGUUCCAAUAUCAAUUAUUGUAAUACUUUCCUUAUUGCUUCUUGGGUACUAUUACAACUACUUCAACAAUUAUUUAGAGAAGUUCUUUGAUCUUAAUGCACACAUAGACUAGAUAGCACUUGAUGCUGAUUAAAACAGACAGUAAUUUAUUCUGUAAAGUUUAAAACAAGGAUCCGAAUUGAUUCACUUGUAUAAAUUUAACAUGAUUGGAAAGGAAGAAAUGUUGGCUAAGGUUAAAGUGAAGGAGUCCUUAAAGGAGAUUAAAAAUGUCAAUAAUGAAGUAAAAGAAUUUAGAUACUCCAUUAAGAUUUCGAAAUUGCCGUUAUUAUCCACUGUCUUCGCAUUCAUAAUAUAAUAUGUAUUAAUAUCUGGAUCUUUAACUUUGAUUGGAACUGAUUACAUGAGUAAGUUCUCAGAAAGCAUUCACUUUUUCAAAUCGAUAUCCGACAUUGGCGUUUAUGUCCCAGCAUCAUUUUCAUAAAAAGAAAUCUUGUAUUUUUUCUCGUACUUCACUUACUAUACAAACGAUGAUAGAGCAUUUUUUGUGGAUUAAAUUUAAAAAGCAGUCACAAAAAUUGAUACUUUUUUGAAAAUGGAUAUCGAAAGUUCAAAAUUACAAUUUUCUACAUAAUUCUUAGACAAUUAUGAAUAUUUAUAACAAAAUAAUCUAUGUCCAUUGUUGAAUAGUUCAAAGUAUUAUGAUUUUGAUUACUUUUGUCCUAACUCUCAAAAUGGAGUAUUGAAAUUGGGUUUGACAGCAGCUUUGACCAAUUUUAAUAAUAUUCUAAAGACGGAAUUGAGUAUUAAUUUCCCAAGCACUCGGAAAUUGCCUCCAAAAGAGGAGUUGGAAGCUGUUUAUUUGUGUUCGGAUAUAAUUUCUGAGAUUACUGCCAAGAUGGAAUAGGAUAUUUAAUCAGAAACUUAGACUAUCGAGGAAUUGUAUAAUAUCAUAAAUUCGAUAAGCUUGACAUAUACCAUCAUCCUAAUACUCGUUGUUUAAUUUACAGUUUUCUAAUUAUUUAAAGUGAAACUUAAUAGAACGAAGAUGAUCUCACUAAUCUUCCCACUCGAAACUAUUUUCUUAAAUGAUCACUUUGAAAGGGAACUUAGGAGGAUGGUUACUAGUGAGAAAUUGAUUUGA